GUCCCCUUAUAAGUAUACAAUCUCACCAGCAUGGUCUUACUCCGAUGUGUCCACUAAUCAAUGUAGAUUCUCAUCAUCAGGGCUCAGUACAAUGUGUCCCCUAAUCAGUACAAAUCCUUAUCAGUAUGGGCUCAAUCCAAUGUGUUCACUAAUCAGUCUUAAUUUCCACCAGUAUGGACUCACUCCAAGGUGUCCCAUGAACAGUAUCCGGGGUUUCAUUAGCAGCAGGCAACAGGCGAUUUUCACUGGUUGUUUUCUCAAAAUCGCUUGUUGUUUUGGGACUUUUCAACUUUUCCAUGUUAAAUUUAUGAUAUCCAUUAAUUUUGCGUGUUGUUUUCAUUUAUUUAGCCUGUUGUGAGAAAUUCUCGUGAAACCCAAGAGUAUAGAUCCAACCAGUAUGACCUCAAUCCAAUGUGUCCCCUCAGUAGUAUAUGUUCACUCCAAAGUGUACACUAAUCAGUAUAGAAUCUCACUUGUAUGAACUCAAUCUGUUGUGCUCUUUCAUCAGUAUGAAUUCUCAACAUAAUUGCUCACUCCAAUGUGUUCCCUAAUCAGUAUAGAUUUUCACCAGUAUGGAUCCACUCCAAUGUAUCAACUUAUCAGUAUAAAUUCUCAUCAGAAGGGCUCACUCCAAUGCGUCCCUUCAUCAUUGAUUCUUAUUAGUAAUGAUUCACUCCAAUGUGUCCCCUAAUCAGUAUAAAUCGACACCAAUAUGGACUCACUCCAAUGUGUUCAGUUAUGAAUGUAAAUGUUCACCAAUAUGGGCUCACUCAAAUGUGUUCACUGAUCAGUGUAAUUUCUCACCAGUAUGGGCUCACUCAAACGUGUUCACUCUUCAGUGUAAAUUCUCACCAGUAUGGGCCCAUUCCAAUGUGUCCACUCAUCUUUGCAAAUUAUCACCAAUAUGGACUCACUCCAAUGUGUCUCCUCAUCAGUGUAAAUCACAGUGCAAAUUCUCACCAGUUUGGGUUCACUCCAAUGUGUCCACUCAUCAGUGCAAAUUAUCACCAGUAUGGGCUCACUCCAAAGUGUUCACUGAUCAAUGUAAAUUCUCACCAGUAUGGACUUACUCUAACCUGUCUCCUCAUCAGUGUA